AUGACCUCCAGGUACGCCGCUGCCCACGAAUCCCCCAACGGCCCGGGCGACGCGCGCCCGACGGCGCAGACCAUCAUCGACGACCAACACCUCCGCGACAAGCUCACGGGUAAGACCAUCCUGAUCACGGGCUGCUCGUCGGGGAUCGGCGUCGAGACGGCGCGUGCCCUCUACACGACCGGCGCGACGCUCUACCUGACGGUGCGCGACACGCACAAAGCGACGAAGAACCUGGGCGCUCUCGCCACCAGCCCGCGGGUGCAUCUGCUGCACCUGGACCUCGACUCGCUCGACUCGGUGCGCGCCUGCGCCGCCGACCUCCGAGCCCGGAGCCCCGCCCUGCACAUCCUGAUCGCGAACGCGGGCGUGAUGGCGUGCCCCGAGGGCCGGACCGCCGACGGCCUCGAGGCGCAGUUCGGCAGCAACUACGUGGCCCACUUCCUGCUGUUCCAGCUGCUGAGGCCGCUGCUGCUGGCGGCGGCGACCCCCGCGUUCCACUCGCGCGUCGUCAUGGUCUCGUCCGUGGGCCAUCGGUUCGGCCACGUCCACCUCGACAAUCUGAACCUGGUGGGCGAGUACGAGCCCUGGGCGGCGUACGGGCAGAGCAAGACCGCUGUGAUCUGGUUGGCGAAUGAGAUCGAGCGGCGGUACGGGGCCCAGGGCCUCCAUGGUCUCAGUCUGCACCCCGGCGGCAUCCAGACCGACCUGGCGCGCCAUAUGUCGGAGGACCAGAUUGCGGCGUGGAAUGCGGAUCGCGAGCUCAUGCGCCACUUCAAGAGUCCCGCGCAGGGUGCCGCCACGACGGUCGUGGCGGCCGUGGCCGCGGAGCUGGAGGGCCAGGGCGGGCUGUAUCUGGAUAAUUGUCAGGUCGUGCGGGAUGAGCACGACCCGGCUAGCGGGAGGUGGGGGCCCGGGUAUGCGUCGUGGGCGUUUGAUGUGGAGGGACAGAAGAGACUGUGGGAGAAGACUUUGGAGAUCCUCCAGUUGCAGGAUGAGUGA